CUUCUACCCUCCCGUCCCGUCGUCCGAUCUCUGGCUGGUUCUCCUCCCUCCUUCCUUUCUGGGACUCGGUAACUCGUGACUCACGGCGACUCUGGUCACCUGUUUAACCUUCCGCUUUUCGCUCCUCAUUUCUCCCGCUUGAUUGAACCUACACAACACAUAUAAAAGAGGGACCCCCAGAAAUCUCCCGCCGUCCGAUUUUCGCGGCAACGAUGCAGACCCAGACUCUCUCUCUUUUCUCCUAUCCUCUCGAUAAGCUCGACGUCUCCGUUGGAUUCCAACCUCCCCCUUCCCCUCCUCAUUCGCCUGAUGCGCAUCCCCCGGAAAGCCCUAACUUCGACGGUCCAGAUACGCCGGAGACCGCAGACCACAAGUGUCCGGGAUUCGAUAAGCCGAUGGCGGACUCGGAGGUCUUCGUCGACGGAGAAGAGAAAUCGCCGCGGGGCAAGGGAAUCGACACCGCCGCGGUGAAGCUGCAGAAGGUGUACCGGAGUUACAGGACAAGACGGCGGCUUGCUGACUCCGCGGUGGUCGCCGAAGAGCUCUGGUGGCAAGCGAUUGAUUAUGCGAGAUUGAACCACAGCACGGUUUCCUUUUUCAAUUUCUCCAAGCCAGAAACUGCGGCUUCCAGGUGGAAUCGGGUUAGCUUGAAUGCCUCCAAGGUGGGUAAGGGAUUAUCUAAAGACGCAAAAGCACAAAAGCUGGCCUUCCAGCAUUGGAUUGAAGCUAUUGAUCCAAGGCAUAGAUAUGGGCACAGCUUGCACGUUUAUUAUGAAGAGUGGUGCAAAGCUGAUUCUGGUCAGCCAUUCUUUUUCUGGUUGGACAUUGGAGAUGGUAAAGAGCUAGAACUGAAGGAAUGUCCAAGGUCUAAGCUACGGCAACAGUGCAUCAAGUACCUUGGCCCGCAAGAGCGAGAGCAUUAUGAGUACAUAUUUGUUGAUGGCAAACUCACCCGCAAGCUAACUGGUGAACUCAUCGACACAACGAUAGGAGCCAAGUGGAUAUUUGUCAUGAGCACGUUUAAGAGACUGUAUGCUGGUGAAAAAAAGAAAGGUAUAUUCCAUCACUCAAGCUUCCUAGCUGGUGGUGUUACAUUAGCUGCAGGAAGGCUGGUUGCAGAGCAGGGAGUUCUUAAGACAAUCUCUCCUUACAGUGGACAUUACCGGCCAACAGAAGAUAAUUUCGAGACCUUCAUAUCCUAUCUGAAGGAUAAUGGUGUCAGCUUGGAAAACGUCCAGAUAAACAAGGCCAAUGAAGAUUCUGAUAUCUAUGAUGACACCAAGUUUGACCCUAGCAGUUUAACAAUAGACAUCCCCAAGAAUCCCGAGUUCCCCAUUCCUGAAAUUCCAACAACUGAAGACUGUUCUUCCACGACAACAGAAGAACAACAACUCUCGGAACUCAAGCUGACUGAAACCAGGAGUGAGUACAAAAGGACUUUAUCUGGUGGACUCCAGAGCCCAAGAGCAGAUGUCCCAAAGACAGCAAUUCUCGAGAGGAUCAACUCCAAGAAAGCUGCUAAAUCAUACCAACUAGGCCAUCAGGUCUCGCUCAAAUGGUCCACAGGAGCUGGCCCGAGAAUUGGCUGUAUAGCUGAUUACCCUGUUCAAGUCAGAUCACAGGCCCUGGAGUUUGUUCAUCUAUCUCCUAGAAGCUUACCAACUCCAUCUCGCUAUAGGAUAGGCGGAGGUUUCCCUUCCCCUAGAACUGAGCUAACGGGUUUACCAUCCCCUGCAACUUGAGCAGGCAUCUUAGCAAAUCUGUCAUGGUGACGUGGGUAGUCAAGUUUUUGUAAUUUUGGUUAGUCCUUGUUUCAGAAUAUCUCAUCUGAUGUGUUUUUCAUGUUAAUCUCUACUUGUUUCUUAAGAGCACUGUGGCUUUUUGGGGCUGUAAUUUGACAUGUUACUACUAUGAGGGAAUGAGAAUAAGAAAUGCUAGACUAGUUU